CAAAUGGCGGACGGUGUAAACAACAGCUUCUCCGAGUCCGAGGCGACAAACACCCGAUUUUAAGAUGAACCAGGCGGAGCUGGAGCGGCCGGACAGCCUGGAGGGAUGGGUGGCCGUCCGGAGCAACAUCUUCCAGGAGCCGGAGACCUUCAAGCUGGGCUUCAUCGUCCAGUGGAGCGUCAUCGAGUCCAAGUUCGCCGUCACCUGCCACAACCGGACGCUCCAGAGACAGCGGCGGCGGAAGGUUCCGGUGUCCGGGGACCAGGAGGUGACCUGGGCCGGGGACCAGGAGGUGAGCCGGGCCGGGGACCAGGAGGCGAGCUGGGCCGGCCUCUUCUCCGUCAGCGACCUCCGCCACAUCCACCAGCACUUCUCCUGCGUGGCGGACGUGCUGGCCAGCUGCUUCCCGGACCUGGCCGACUUCGAGGAGGGCAACAUCUGGGACCUGCUCCUCCUCAGCAGCCGGAGGUCCAGAGGAGCCGGAGAGGAGGAGGAGGAGGAGGACGGCGGUGGCCGGGACUUCGACAGCCCCUGUCGGAAGCUGGAGAAGUACUUCAGCGCCGCCAUCGACAUCUGCGGCCGGAAGAUAGUCCUCGACACGUUGUUCACCCAGGACGAGAAGGACGUGGACGAGUACUUCGAGAACAUGCAGGAGUUCAAGAGGAAGACCAUGCAGGAGGAGAUGUCCCGGGUCAAAGGUCAAGUGCGACAGCUGCUGCAGAGUCACGGCGGCGCCGACCGAAUGGUUGCGCUGCUCGGCAUCUACGAGGAAGAGGACGCGGCCUACCAGGACCUGGUCACUGUGGCCACCACCUUCUUCCAUUACCUGCUGCAGCCUUUCAGGGACAUGAGAGAGCUGGCCUGCCUCUACAAGAUGGAGAUCCUGAAGACUUUGGAGUUUGAGGACCUGGGUCCUAAGAGAAUUGCAGCUCUGGAGACGGAGGCGGAGGAGUGGAGGACGAAAGCAGAAGACGCUGUUGCCUCGAUCCAGGACAUCACUGUCACCUACUUUGCACAGACUUCAAAGGCGCUGGCUGGGAUGUUAAAGCAGAUGCAGGAGGACAAGUCUCGUUUUGGAGCGGCUGCCUGGGCGAACGCGGUUCCCCGACUGGAGAAACUACGCUUCCUCUUUGCCAAAGAAACGCUGCAGCACAUGAGAGCAGCAGAGAUGUGCCUCAACCGCAAAAAAGAAGGCAUCAGAGAAAGGCUGAGCAGCCUGUCCGGCAGAGAGCACACAGCUGACUCCAGGUCUGCGUCUGACGAGGGCCAGCAGCCGGACAGCGUGGACCAGCUGGAGCUGCAGUUCUACGAAACUCAACUAGAACUGUACGACACCAAGUUUGAGAUCCUAAAGAAUGAGGAGCAGCUGCUGAUGGCUCAGAUAGACACAGUGCGACGGCAGAUCAAAGAGCUGAAGGACGAGGUGGUUUACUACGACGUGUGUGAGGAUCAAGAGGAGCUGCAGAGCUUGGUCCACACAGGGAUCCACCAAUCAGAGCCUCCGGCUGCCACUCCCCUCAAAAGACGCCUACAGACCCUGGAGGCCAAGAGAGGCCACAUCUGCGCCCGGCGAGCUUACCUCCGCAACAAGAAGGAACAGUGCAUGGAUGCCCAAGGGCAGAAGCAUCAUGCGGCCAAGCAGAGCUCCACAGUCUUCAACCAGCAUCAUAAUGUCCGUCUGAAACGAGAGAAGAGGAAAGAGGAGGAGGACAGGAGGAAGACGUGGGUGGACCUGGAGCGAGAGAAGACUCUGAGCAGAUUACGAUCCUUCAGACAGAAGCGUCAUGGCCAGUACAUCCUGAAAACUCCUCACUCCAGGAUGUCUCCUUCAGACCUCGUCCCGUGUCCCUCCCAGCCGAUGUCCAUCAUCAGCCUCGGCCCCUCAUCCGAGUUCCCCUCCCUCCCUCUCCGUCCUGAGCCCAGACGCAGUAGAGCCUCCAAGAACCGACAGCCGAAAGACGUCCCCAUCCAAAUCUACUGUGCUCCACCGCCUCCAUCAACAAAUAUCCCUACUGCGCCUCCUCCACCUCCUCCACCUCCUCCACCACCACCACCUCCCCCACCACUGCCCCCUGCCUUCCCUCCUCCUCCAGCCCAGGCUUCCCCUGAGGACACACCGAAGCCUCUCAGCGAAAACGAGGAGCCGCCUUUCCCAGCAAAGAACAUGCUCAAGCAAAAUAUAGGAACAAUGGAUGAAGUGUUGGCCUCACUGCAGCGUGGACAGACUCGGCUUCGAAAAGUCCCUGAUCGCAAGACAGCGCCCUCUGCUGAUGACACGAGGAACAGUCUGAUGUUGGCCAUCCGACACGGCGUCACCCUGAAGAAGGUGGAUCCUGCACGUGCAGAGCUCCCGAGCAGCGGAGACAACGAGCUGGAGCGCAGCAUCAAAGCCGCCAUGAUGAGGAUGAAGAAUGUAGCAGCCGACUCGGACGAGGACGACAGAGAAGAGGACACACAGAGUAUAGAAUGGGACAGCUGAGAACACACACACACACACACACAAAGACAGACACACUGGCCCUGUUCAGACCUGGUGUUAACAUCCGUCCUCAGAGAUCUGAUCACGAGUGGACGUUCUGGUGAUCCGUUCACACCGGAGAUGAAAACACCUCCUGUGAUCACUUCCACUUCGCUCUAUAUGCAAAUUAACUUAUACUUUGUUUCUGCUUACGAUUAACAAGGUUCUUACUGAGUGAGUUUACAGAAGUUUGUGUGUGUUGGUGCAAGAAAUAGACAGGUAGAGAGAGAGAGAGCUAGGGAGGAGGGAGGGGCUAAACUAAUGAAUGUGCAGCUCUGCUGUGAAGAAAGAUUUGAUUUGAAUCUAUAAUUAUGUGAUGGUCAGUGUUGAUUUUGUGGUGGUUCAUCACUGAGAAGUGUAAACAUAGGUUUGAUUUGUUGUGAGACUGUUGCAGGUCAGAGGAUCUGAGAAGUUGGUCCUUCAUGUGUAGCCGUGGACGAGUUAACCUUCACACAGUGAAUAGAAAGUGACCUCACGCUUCUCCAGCUCUGUGUGUCUGAGUGAACACGUUCACAUCUGAACCUCAAGCUGACCACUAGAGAUCAGAUCAGUCAGGAUGUUAAUAUCAUGUCUGAACUGAUGAAGCUCUUCUCUUACUGAUUCUGUUUAUCCACUUUGUGUCGCGGCCAAAUUUUAAUCUUUAUGAAAUCCUCCUGAAUUAUAUUAUUAUUAUUAUUUAUGCUCCUGGAUAAAGAGGGCGUCGCUUCUUCUGCAACAAUGAAGUUAAAACACUGCACUGUGUCAUAAUCUGGGGGAAGAUCUUCUCUCCUGUCUGUAGGAGUGUGUGUGUGUG